AUGGGCGCCUCUGCUUCCUCGUCCUCUCUCGCCUCCUCAUCCUCCGGCAUCCUGACCGACAAGGAGGUGAGGAAGCUCGAGAAGAUCUUGGCCCGCGAGGCGGACGCCGAGCAGAAGCUCAUCGACGCCGCCAUGAAGGACGUGAAGGAGGCCGAGCAGGCGCUCAGCAAGAGCACCAAGAACACCCAGCAGGCGCAGAAGCUGGUCGCGAAAACGAAGGAGCGGGAGAUCGCGGCGCAGAAGGGGGUCGCGAAGGCGCAGACCAGGCUCGCGAGCGUGCAGGAGAAGGGGCGCCAGGCGCAGGAAGCCGUCACCGCGAAGGAGCAACGCGAAGCUGGGGCGGACCGCGCCGUGCAGCAGGGGUAUGCGGACUUUGAGGAUUGCCACAGGACGGCGGAGGCGAACGCGAGGGACCGCACGAUGAGGCUGUCCCAAAUUCGUGCUCAGCACGGUAUGGACGCCACCGCGCCUGCCGGUAGCCCGCAGCCGUGA